AUGGGUAAACAAGAUACUCUCAAAGACUUAUUGGCUGUUGAAGAGGACUCUGAUGUGUCAAGUGACUCUGAAGCAUUAAAUUCUAGGAAGCAUGAGGCUAAUGACGAAAAUGAUGACUUUGAUUCUGAUGACGAAGAAGAAGAAGCUGUCUUCCAAACUAAAAAGAAGUCAAACCUAGAAAGGUUUCAAGACCAUGAGUCCGAUGGCGAUUCUGAGGAAGAAGAGUCGGUAACUAAGAAUGAGUCAGUUACAUCUGCAAAACUUGACGAAACGUCAGAAAUGGUUGAGGAGCAGAAGAAAAGAACCAGUAAGCUCAAGAAAUUGACUCCGGAACAACUUGCUAAAGAGCAGAAGAAGAUCAAAAAGACAGGUGUGUGUUACUUGUCAACUAUUCCUCCAUACAUGAAGCCUGUGAAGUUAAGAUCAGUAUUGUCCAGAUUCGGAAAACUUGACAGGAUUUUCUUGAAACCGGAAGACCCUAGUUCCUAUCAGAGAAGAGUGAAAUAUGGUGGUAAUAAGAAAAAGAGAUUCACAGAAGGUUGGGUGGAGUUUGUCAAUAAAAAGGACGCUAAGCUCUGUGCGCAAACAAUGAACGGUAACAUUUUGGGAGGAAAGAAAUCGUCUUACUAUCAUGAUGACGUUAUCAAUAUCAAGUAUCUCCCAGGCUUCAAAUGGUUCGAUUUGACGCAACAAAUUGCAAAAGAGAACGAAAUCAGACAAUCGAAGUUGGCCCUUGAAAUCUCUCAGCAAGCCAAGCUCAAUAAAACUUUUGUUAACAAUGUUGAAAAAUCCAAAUACAUCAACAGAAAGCGCAAGGAAGCGGAAUCUGAAGGAAAGGAGGAUAAAAAGGCUCCAAAGCGGUCAUUUGAUCAGCGAGAUGUCACCACCACGCGUGCAGAAGCUGGUCUGUCUUUCAAAAAGGCUAAAAAUAGCGAUAAUCUUGAAAGUGUGCUUUCAAAAGUGUUUUAA